AUGCCCAAGUCCUAUUUCGCAACCUCGAGUCGUGAUUGUUCCCCGGAUGGUCCUAUUGCCUUGGGGAGCAUUCUUGUCGACCCACGUGAUCCCGAAGCGCCGCUCAGCGACAGACCCAUUUCCAUUGACACCGAGACAGUCCAGAGCCACGACCAGUACGACGUACAGAUAAACUUAGCGAAUAUCGAUCGAACGAGUGCUGGGCUCUUUGCCAAGAUUUUCCACAGUACCGGACUUGUUGUGUCUGGAAGCAGCAGCACUCGCGUACAGUCCUCUGCGAGCAUCCAGAGACUUCAGACAUUGUCCUUUGAACCUUCUGAUGACUACAUGAAAAAGAGUCUAUCUGUGCCCAAAGUGCAACAGUAUCUUGCCCGCUAUCAUAUGCGGAAGCGCGUCUUUGUCAUCACUGGAGUCAAGGUCGCGUUCGGUGCAAAGGUCAAGGACACUGAGAGUCACCACGGGAAAGUCGAUGCAUCUAUUGGGCUGGACGGUGAUGCGAUUGGUGUGCCUCUCAGCGCUGGCCCGCGUGCAAACAUUCACCAAGGAGCAUCACAAUCAGUCUCAUUCAAAGAAUCGUCUCCCUUCAUCCUUGCAUAUCGGCUAAGAGAGAUCCGGUAUAGAAAGGGAAUUCCGACCGAAACCAAGCCGUACCGUAACGGUGCUUUAUACGAGCUUGGACAGAAUAUGCAAGAAGGUCCAGGCAUGGAGAACGACAGCACUCAAUAUGAGGAGGCUAUUUUCAUGUCUAUUGAUGAUGAAGACGUAACCGGGGAGGACUUGGAUUAUGAGUCAAUUUCCGUGCCAGAAUACGGAGUCAUUGUUGAUAAACAGGGAGAGGAUAGCAAGACAGGUCAAGAAGAGAGUUGCGAGUUGAUUAUUAUCAAAUAGGGGACCCGAUGUUCCAGGCAGAGCCUGCUAUCCAGGCUAUGUAUACAGAGACUUUACUGCAGGUGUUGGUUUUCCUUUGUCGUCUAGUUUAAUCAUCGACUCUCAACAGUAUUCACAGCUUGCCUUUAGUUGUUGUUUG